AAUCGGCGUGGGUUCUUUCAUUCAAUGAAACAGACGAGACCGCACGAGGUCGAUAUCAGACGACAAGAUGAUUCUAAGUAGUGUAAACUUUGUUAAAACCAGCAGCCGACAACAGAAGUCACAUUUUGACUUCAGUGAUUUUAUUAUUGGGAAAAUUAAAGAAGAACAAGAGCGCCAGGAAGGAUGCAAUAAAUGUGGAUCACCGCAAAAUGCGAAAAAAAGUGAAGCAAACAGCUCAUCCUCCACAAGAACAAGCUACACAGAAAGUAUAAGAAGAAGAAACUCAGCCCAAAAAGAAAACAAUUCAAAUGUAACAGUAGAAACCAAAGACGGUUACGUGAUUAGCCUAUGUGAGGAACUCAACCGAAUUUACCUCGGGGAUGUAGAAGAUCCGAACAACUCAAACAUAUUUCGUCAGACAAAACACACGCUUCAGGACGGGGAAAACACCACAGAAUUCUGCACAUUCCGGCUCCACAGUCGGGGGAAUCUGUAUCUGUCCGUGACCCCUGAUCGGGGGUUAGCGGUACAAAGGUCAGAAACCCCCGUAGAUCCCCAGUCCCCGGAUGACAGGUGCUUCAUAAUGCAUUCAGUAUCAAACGGCAGUGUCUUCAUCCAGCCGUACCAUCAUAAAGGUUAUUAUCUUCAUCAUCUUGACAACGCUUUGUCAGUCACGAAACUGGAAAUAAACUGGAGGCCCCCUGAGGAAUAUUUCUUCAGUGUUGGAGUUGUCGAUGUCCCUGACCCCGAGGUGUUUGGGACUGUAGAGGACCUUGAAGAUGUUCCCGUCCAGAAAUCAACCCCCAUCAUAGAGGAAUCCUCCCCCGUCAAACCCAGUCUCUUCUGGGGAUGUUUCGGCGGAAAGUCCAAGAAGUUAUCAUCCAAAAUCAAGAAAACAAUCAAGCAGACGUCUCGUGUCUAAGUCACGUGACCACUGACGCAAUCAGGAACACGCAACUAUUCUGGUGCUGCUACGUCAUUAGAAUCAUUCCUAAAUAUUACCGAAACCAUGGACCAAAUGCAUUGGCCCUAGCAAAGUAAAACAAAUCGACGAUUUGGUCUUUGAAUAAAGACCAUAUGACACAGUCGAUCGCCAGCGAUGACCUAUGACCCCGCAGCUCUUUGGCUGCCGUUUGAGUGGGGUGGUGGUACUGGUAUAUAUACUUGUAUUAACCUGUGUGAUAUCAUGACUGGCAUUUUUACUAUGCUCCAAGGGUCUUUGUACUAACAUGUAAUCCCUCCAUUCUAUUGACAAUCCGCCGAUGUUUCGGUGCUAUACGUGUGAAUCUACAGCUUUAAACUAUUAACAUAACCUUUCUUCUUAAUUCCAAAGGAAAGGCUACAAUUAAAAGCUGUAUUUAUCUUUUUCUAGUCAUCGCUUGUGAGACAGUGCAAUAUAAACUUUGAUUAUUCAUGUGUUUAUUUAUUUAUUUUUGUUAGUUUUUCAGUGAUAAAAAACUAAUAUGUAUUAUUUAUUUAAGUAUGUAGUUUAAACGCUAUAUAUACUGAAAAUUACUUGAAUGCAAGUUCCACUUGCAUUACAGAGAAAGAACAGGAAUAUUGGACAAGUCAUAACUUGUGUAAUAAGACUUUUGUGAGAGUGAUAAUGACUUUUAUAGACAAUAUCUGUACAUAUCAAUGAUGUCUGUCUUUGUUGUAGAUGUCAGGAUUUUAUUGUUAUUUAUUCCGUUUGUGUGUGAUAGGUGGGGGAUUGGCGAAUUCUCGUUGGAAUGUUUCCGAUCUCUCCACUUGUUUGGUACCUUGGCACAGAAAGCUUGUAAUUGUUGUAUUACUUUUUUUUUACGAUAUUGUUUCCCACAAGAACAUUGGGAACACUUCCAAUAAAAGUUGAGAUUUAAAACAAAGAA